AAUAAAAUAAAAAAAAAAACAUAUUUAACAACAACGCCACAAUGGCAAUGACGGACUCGAUGGACGAGGUGGAUUACGUCACCGUGGACUUCAACCAGCUGGAAGACAACAACUUCGACAGCUACGCCGCCAGCAUCAGACGGCACCCACCCUGGCUGACCGAGGGUCAUUUUAUCUACCACCUGUGUAGGGACGCUGAGGGCAAACUCGGCUUCGUCAAGGACCGUCAGGGGGAGCCACUGUGUUCUCCGCGAAAGCUCCAAGAUUUGUGCCAGUGUGAGAUGGUCUCCCAGCACCAGAGGUUAGAGAGCCUGAAGCUGAACUCCCUGCCCUCUGACCUCUACCCCUGCCUCAUGACCGAAGCCAUCCUACAGAGGCAGCUCAAAUCUAUCGCCUACCUCGUCUCCACCUGGCCUUUUCCCCUACUUCACGUGCAGAGCCUGAUCCCCAAGGAGGAACUGAUCUGUAACGACUUCCUGACGGUGCCACUGGAGAGUGGGGAGUGCAUGUCUCUGAUGGACAGCCUCUCCCUCGGGCUGCUCAACCUCAAGCCCCACUCCCGGCUCAAGUGUGUCAACUUCACGGGCUUCAGGCACGACCGCAGGUUGUGCCGUGAGCUACUCAGGCUACCUAUUGUGUGGAUGAAGCCAGGAGACAGACAGUCGGGGUACCUGCACAGUUUGUUACGUAAGAUACUAGCUAUCAGUAAGGACAAGGUAGAAAGGUAUCUGAACAGAAUCUCGUGUAUUUAUUCUAAUAUCGAUCCCCUAGUCCGACACGGACAUAUGUUUGGCCCAGUGACAAUAGCGCUUGAUUGCAAGCUAACCAUAGAUGACGUUCCUAUUGGACUAGCUUUACAAGGCUCCUCCCCUUUCCGCUUUGUGUGUCAGAGGGCGUGGCUUGAAGUUCUGCCGGACGUUAGCCUGCCAGUUUCCCUAAUCAACAAAGUUUUAAGUCCUAGAUAUCUAACGCACAUCGAGAUCGAAGACAGCGAAGUCUGCUCAGACUCGGCUCGCUGGGAAUGUCUGUUGGAGGGGAUCUCCCUUCUGCCUGAGCUCCAAUGUCUUUCUCUACCCAACUCCAUCCACGUCAAUCAGCUGCCUACAGCCAUGUCUGACCUAAGUGUUGUCCUCAGGUCUCUGGGCAAUCUAAGAAAGCUGAACCUGGCAUCAUGUACACUGAGGGACACGCUGGGACAUCUGUUCUCGUCUUUCGCCUGCGAGUUGACCUACCUCAACUUGAGGGACUGCAGGCUGACAGCGUCAGACAUCGAGGCGCUUCUCGUCUGGUCCAACCUUUCCAUGCUCAGAGAACUGAACCUGAGCAGGAAUAAUCUCAGCUCUCUUUCUGAUCUGAUUGAAAACAUGUUGACCCGAAUGAACUUCAUUUCCUGUUUUUCCAUCUCCUACUGUUCCCUAUCACUGGAAGGGAUAAGAAAAGUUGUGCGUCAUUGUUUGGACUGUCCAUACUUGAAGGUUUUGUGUUUACAAUCCUUUAUUCCUCCACCGCACUAUGAGGUGAAAGCCAUUUUAGAAGACUGUGCCAAUAUCACCACUCUACAAAAAUGUGUUUUAUUGCCAGAGGCAUAUGCCUUUCCUGGUACACAUAUCUCUCAAAGGGCAGAGAACCACAGCAGGACUGUUUUGCUUUGUUCCCAGUAUUUGGAUCAGCUUGGCAGGCCAGAUAUUGAACUUGAAUGAAACAGGUGAUCAAACUAGCAGUAAGCUGUUAAAGAUCAGAUAAAAAUGCUGUGGCCAAAUUCUGCUGUCACUUGUACAUUUUGGCUUUUUCCAAGCCAAACCUGGGUUUUAAUGUACACUUUGGUCAGCCUUUUUGUUUUUGCAGUAAAAUGCAAAUCUGGUGAAAUUUGAAACAUAAAACUAUUCAAAGGAGGCAAUUUUUCUGAAUAAAAAGCCCCAAAUUAAAUGCUUGUCAACAAGUAUAUUAUAUAGAUCCUGAAAAUAAACUUUUCUCACAUUACUGAUUUAAACCCAAAUACCAUAAAACGAAUUUUUAAAAAAACUGUGAUACUAUUUUUAGCUCACACUGAAGCCACAACUUAUGUUGAGCUUGUUACACCGGCAUGCAGAUUUGCAAGCCUGAACCGCUUUAAUAAAACUUUAGCGUCCUGUGUUUAUUAGGCUGUUUCCAUAGCUGAUCAAUCCUCUUUCUACACUUGCUGUAUGAGCUAACUUAGCUGAGAAACUAAUUCUCAAUAUUUGAUGAAGCAUGUUUCCUACUGUCAACCCUUAUGUUUGCUUGGUUUACAAGGUUGAUUAAAAAAAAAUUCUGAUUUGUAUU